GCGGUACCUUGUGAGCGGGGCCGGGCCGGGGAGAGGCGCUCCGUGCCCCGGCGGCGGCGGCGGCGGGGACAAUGCGGGCGGCGGUGCUGAGCGGGCUGGCCCUGGCCCUGGCCCUGGCCUUGGCCUUGGCCUUGGCCUUACCCGUCCGGGCCCUGGAGAACGGGCUGGCGCUCACCCCCCCCAUGGGCUGGCUGUCGUGGGAGAGGUUUCGCUGCAACGUGGACUGCCGGACGGACCCCCGCAACUGCAUCAGCGAGAUGCUCUUCUUUGAGAUGGCAGACCGCCUGGCAGAGGAUGGCUGGAGGGAGCUGGGCUACGAGUACAUCAACAUUGACGACUGCUGGUCUGCCAAGCAGCGGGACGCGGCGGGACGGCUGGUUGCCGACCCCGAGAGGUUUCCCAGGGGGAUUAAGGCCCUGGCUGACUACGUCCACGCCCGGGGCCUGAAGCUGGGCAUUUAUGGUGACCUGGGCAUUUUCACCUGCGGGGGCUACCCAGGCACUACGCUGGACCUUGUGGAGCUAGAUGCGCAGACCUUUGCGGAGUGGGGUGUGGACAUGCUGAAGCUGGAUGGGUGCUACUCAUCGGGAGAGGAGCAGGCAAAGGGCUACCCAGAAAUGGCGAGGGCCUUGAAUGCCACAGGCCGCCCCAUCGUUUACUCCUGCAGCUGGCCAGCAUAUCAGGGGGGGCUCCCCCCCAAGGUGAACUACACCGUCCUGGCAGAGGUCUGCAACCUGUGGCGUAACUACGGUGACAUCCAGGACUCCUGGGACAGUGUACUUUCCAUCCUGGACUGGUUCUCCAAACACCAGGAUGUGCUGCAGCCAGCGGCUGGCCCUGGCCACUGGAAUGACCCGGACAUGCUCAUCAUUGGAAACUUUGGCCUUAGCUUUGAGCAGUCCCGCUCCCAAAUGGCCUUGUGGACAGUGAUGGCAGCUCCACUCCUCAUGUCCACGGAUCUCCGCACCAUCUCCCCGAGCGCCAAGGAGAUCCUGCAGAACCGCCUGAUGAUCCAGAUCAACCAGGACCCGCUGGGAAUCCAGGGGCGCAGGAUUGUCAAGGAGGAAUCCCACAUCGAGGUGUUCCUGCGCCCACUGUCCCGGGGUGCCAGCGCCCUCGUCUUCUUCAGCCGGAGGACAGAUAUGCCCUUCCUCUACAACACCAGCCUGGCCAAGCUCCAUUUCCCUGAGGAUGCCGUGUAUGAGGUACAAGACGUGUACAGUGGGAAGAUCAUCAGUGGCUUGACGACGGGAGACAGCUUCUCGGUCAUUAUUAACCCCUCGGGGGUGGUGAUGUGGUAUCUCUAUCCCACGGCGCUCCCAGCACAGCCCCAGCACGUUGUCAGACAGCAAGCCCCUGGUGAGGGUUUCCACCCGGUCCUCCUGUGACGAGGCUCAGCAGAUGGGGGUGUGGGUCAGUGCUGGGGUGAGCGGCAAGACCCUGGGGCCCUUCACUGCACAAGUGCCUUUUGCUGGUGUGCCCAGCAGUGCUGUGGAGUGACCAUAAGGUCACUCCUCUGGUAACAGCUUGAUGAUGUCUAUCUGGUCUGCAUAAAGCAGGAUUUCUUGUUACCCACCUCCUAAGGGUGUGCAGAGCGUGAUUCCUCAAUGAUUGCAAAACCCUUUGAAAUCCGCCUGUGGAAGAUGCCAUACAAGCAGCAUCUAGCCACUGCUGGAGUUCGUCAGCUCUGACACCCAAGCACUUCACUGCUUUGACCUGAGCAUCACCAACCACUGCAGGGGCUGUUUGAACUAUGCCUGUAGAAAGGCCUUGGAUGCUUUAGUAUCUUCUAUGGCGGUGAUCCCCCACCCUCCCUGACCCACCUACCGCUCCAUGUGUAAUGGCAUUAGCCUCAAGCAGGCCUCACCACCUUCUUUCCUCUGCUCUAAUCAGCUUGGCUUAGAAUAAUGGGCUGUCAAUAGGGCUGCACCCUUCCCAUGUACUCUCCCCAGGACCAAGCACUCCUGGAGGCAUAAUGGUCCUGUGCAGAGAUGCUUUGCUUGCAGGCCUGAGCCUCCUGCCAGGAGCCUGGAGGCCAGCACUACUCCAGCCUAGCAUGCAUGCUAGCAUCAGAUUAAAGACCCUCUGGUAUCAGUUUACAGCACAGCAGAGCAAAAAAAAAAAAGACCUGAACUGGCCAGGCACAACCACAGCAGCCUUGCUGUGGUAUAGCACAAAAACUGCAGAGCAAUAGUGUGUUGUGCACGAGCAGUGCUGGGAAGAUGCUGAUACUCAGUUGAGGUCUUUUGAGCUGGGAGAUGGUCACAGGUGCCUUCCAAACUGCAAGCUCCAUACUGUUCUUGCUCUAGCAGGAAAUUCCUGCUAAAAGAGGCCUCAGGCCCUCCUCCAGUGGGCUGAACACUCAGGGUUUCUCAGGGAAAGGCUCCUCCUUCUCCCAAGGGCAGCUACCUCCACUAUCUAUUAAACUGGAUGUGAGCAGCAGGACACACUCUAGAGCCCUUAAUUGCUUCACCUUCAUACAGCACACAUCCUACAGAGGAGUCACAGGUGAGCCAUGGCCCACCCCAACUGUCCCAGAGGUGGGUGCAGCAUUUGUGAAGAUUUCCUCUAAAGACUGUAGCUCAGGGAGAUGGACAAGAUUAAGCCUCAAACCAGAAAAAUACCUUAUUUUAGAUUAGCUUCCCCCAUCCCUCACACCCCCACCCC